GACCCGACUGUUGCAAUGGAUUGGAUUUGCCACUGCAGACAACAUCAUCGAAAGACAUGCUCUUCUCGAAAAGACGCGCCCGCCAUAAAUCUCAGGUUGAUCGACUGCGAGACUCUCGUCGUGGAACCAGGACGCUCAGAAUCCUCAUACGUAGCCCUGAGCUAUGUCUGGGGCUCAUCCGCCGUGUGCGAACAAUAUUCUCUCCGGCCAGCGUCCGGCGGCACAUUUGCUCUCCCUUGUGUCCUACCAGCCGUCAUCUUGGAUGCAAUAGCCGUCACCAAAUCCCUUGGCUUCCGGUAUCUGUGGGUGGACAAGUUCUGCAUCGAUCAAGCGAAUAGUAGUGCGAAACAUCAGCAGAUUACGCAAAUGGAUUCGGUCUAUGAAAAAGCCGAAUUGACUAUCAUUGCGGCCGCUGGUGUUGAUGAGACCUAUGGCUUGCCUGGAGCAGGCUCCAAACCACGAUCUACGCAACCCUUUGCGCGCGUUGGGGGCCUAACUGUCUUAUCAACCAUGAGAGAUGCCCAGGACUCGAUCCGUUCUUCAAAGUGGUUCACAAGAGGAUGGACCUUUCAGGAAGCAUUGCUUACUCGACGCCGCCUCGUGUUUACAGAGGAACAAGUCUAUUUUGAGUGCGGUGCAAUGAGCUGCUCUGAAAG